UUUGGAUGGGUUUGUUAAAUAUAUAUUAAAUAAAUAACAAAAUAAGAAUUGCACUCAACUCUUUAAUGAAUAAUUAUUACAUAAUAAGGUGUCUAAAUUGUGAAAGACACAUUGGUCUUUGCCAUGUGAAAAAUAUGUAGAUAAUUUUUUAUGUAGAUAUGAAACACACAAAAAAUUACAAAUUUAAGAAACAAAUCUGACUUCUCAAUUUUAUAAAAUUGUGAUAUCUCAAAGUUAGGUGAAUAUCUGCCACUUUGAGAGUCCAUUGAAUAACGAGACGACGGCUUGAAUUUGCCGCCAUUUUUUUUGUCUCGAAUGAGAAUAUUUUAAUGCUACUAUAAAUCGUUUUUGGAUAUUAUUAACUCAUCAAAAAUAUUAGCUUCCAGUUUUACGAGUUUGUGGUUUUAUAAUAUUUAACAGUCAGUAAUUUCACAGACGCUCAAAGUGUAAGCACUGGAAAUAUUCGCGCUUGAGUAUCUUUAAGAGCUUCCGGUCUGAUGCCUGUCGAAGACGAGGUUAAAAGAAAGAUGGCCAGAAACCGGCGAGAUAGUAACGCUAAAAGUGAUUCAGAAUCCGACGCGUCGGAUAAAGAAAAUAAGAAAGAAAGAGGAAGGGAUAAGAAAAAAAGGAGUGUAUCCUCUUCGAGUGGAAGUGGUAGCAGUAGUAGAAGUUCUUCAGAUAGCAGUUCACGAUCUUCAAGUGGAUCUAGUGGUUCUAGUGGAUCCAGCGGAUCUAGUGGGUCAAGCGGUUCUCAUAGCUCUAGUUCUUCAACAACCAGUUCAGGAAGUAGUAGUUCCAGCUCAGCAGCAAGGGCUAGGCCCAAAAGAAAACCAGGUACUGAAUCCCGCAGUCGAAGUCGUAGUGCAGAACAAAAGAAAGUAAAAGAGAAAGAAGAGAAAAAGAAAAAACCUGAAAAACCUAAGCCAAAACCAAGAUCUAGAACUCCAUCACCUAGAAGGAAACGAAAGGAACGUUCUCCCACUCCUCGACCAACAAAAAUUCAUAUUGGUCGUCUAACACGGAAUGUGACUCGUGAACACAUUAUAGAAAUCUUUCAAACAUAUGGUACAGUGAAGCAAGUGGAAUUUCCCAUUGACCGAUUACACCCUAAUAUUGGGAGAGGAUUUGCAUACAUAGAAUUUGAGACUCCAAAUGAAGCUGAAAACGCCAUGAAACAUAUGGAUGGAGGUCAAAUAGAUGGCCAGGAGAUUACAGCAGCUCCUGUUUUGCUGCCAAAGCCACGACCUGCACCUCCUCGCCGCAGUCCUCCUCCACCCGUGCGACGCCCUCCUCCACGCUGGGCGAGAUCUCCUCCUAGAAAUGUGCCAGCUCCCAGGUAUCGGCGACGAAUCUCUCCACCACCUCGUCGCAGGUCACCACCCCGGCGCCGACCUCGCACUCGUUCACGCUCUCGCAGUCCUGCUCGUCGGAGGCGCUACAGCCGAUCCAGCUCCAGCAGCUCUCGCUAGCACCAGCCACCAGACCCCGUUGGGUCACAGCUACCUCCACAUUAGUGCUGGUAAUGCAUUAUAAUUGGACAAUUGCAUUGAUUUCAAAUGAAACACUCAAGUUUUCAUGUACAUUAACGAUGUUAUCAAAAGCAAGAUGCUAUGUUUCUUCAAAUAUUUACAUUGUGAAAUUGCUACUUUUGUAACCAGUCAGUUGUUCCAUGAGCAGUGUUGUGCAAGUUAUUCAAGUCAUGAAUGUAGUAGAAUUAUUAUGUUGUUUUAUGUAUGUCUAAACUUGAAAAUCAUUCACUUUGCAUCAAGUGUUCUGGAAUUUUAUUUUAGAGUUAAUAAAUUGUGUAUGUAUAAAUGUGUUUGCAAUCAGUUCUUUGUGUAAAUGAUAGCUCUUUAUGAUAAAAUAAACAUAUUAAUUCCCUUUUGUGUUUAUCUUCCUUCACACUUCACAAAUUAUGUAAGAGCUGGAGGCACUUAUAACAUCCCCAUUCAAGAAGCUGUUUGAAUUUUGAAAUCAUAUUUUAUGUAAGUUUGCAUGUAUAACAUAUUAGAGAGAAUUGGAGCUAAUUAGCAACAUUUUACAGUAUUGAGGAGGUCCGAAUGAACUGUUCUUUUUAAAUUUUGUUUUUUACCGUUCUUUCAAUUUGAACCAAGAACUGAAUUUAUAACAUUAAUGAAUCCUAAAUGACUUGAUGCCUUCCAGAAUCCUCUUCGAAUUAUAAAGAAAGUUGUACCCUUGAUGGAAGAUUUGGAUACCAAUUGUGACAAAGGCAAAUAAUUGUGUGAAAUUUUGAAUCACUGCAUCUUUCAUCUCAGUGUUAAUUUAUAUCCUAAAAAUUGUAACAGUUUUUAUUUAUUGACAUAGAGAUUAGUGUGCUUCAAACUCUGGUUUUCAAGAAAGAGAGAGAGAGAUAUCACGCUGUGUGAGAUCUCCUUCCAGGUAAGAUCUUAUCUGUCAAUUUACAGAUGAGAAUACAUGCUCCAUAUGUAUAACAAAUUAUAUAUGUACAUCUCACAUUCCAAUAAAUCUCCUAAUGAAAUUGAA